GUGAAGGUGAAGCCAAAGACGGGGACCUGGAUAUGGACGCUCUGGCGAAGAAAAUGAAUCCCGCAGCAAAGAGAAUAUUAAAGGAUAUCGAUCCUUAAGGCCACUCCGUAUGUGCAGUACUAUAGAACAGCAUCCAAAGGCCACUCAGUAUGUGCAGUACUUUAGAACAGCACUCACCACGGAUUCCUCUCUCUUAUCGGAACUUACGGGUAAGGAGCGGCACUCGUUGCGGAUAAACUGUGGCACCACUAGUGCUCGUAACAUUGAGCUGUGGAGUGUGAGGGGUUGGUUCUUUCUCUAAGAUGUGGACGGAGAUGGGCGCUUGAACAAAGAGCAAGCAACGAGCGGAAUUCGAAGAAUUUUCAUGUUAUGCUUCUACGUUGUAGCUCUUGUAGGAACGAAGAGAGUUUCCAUUAACGAAAGCAGACAAGCGAAAGUUUUUGUUUGCGAUGCGUUUAGAUAAACGAAGAUUCUGGGAGGCUGUAAAUUGUUGUAGUCUACAAAUACCUCAAGAAUAACUAUUGUUCUAACAUCCUCUGUUGAUUUCUAAUAUCCUCUGUUGACGAUUUAG